AUGACGGCCCCGAUCUUGACACUGCUUGCGAUUUUAACACUUCUAAUUGGCAGUGCUAUCGAGGUGUUAGCACAGCUCAGCCAUUCCAGGGGCGGUCUCGCACUCUCACGAACGCAAGACGACAUCCCACAAUAUGCUAUGAUAAGCUACCUCUACGCCCCUAAUAUCAUUGCUGUCUUAUACAGUUUGGUAUGGAGUUGGGUGGACCUCGAUGUCAAACGGAUGCAGCCCUGGUUCGAGCUAUCCAAGCCUGAAGGAGCGACAGCCGAAAAUUCGAUGUUUCUCGACUACCCCUAUGACUUUAUUGCGACUGUUCCUGUCAAAGCUGCUAGGAGGAGGCAUUGGCCAGUGUUUUUCGCGGGAACGGUGACCGUCGUCAUCUUCUGGCUUAUCACCCCUCUCCAAAGUUCUAUCAUGGGAACUGGUUUCGUGAAUAGAAUCGAGCCGGCAGUAAUUGGCACGAGAUCAUCUAUUGUUCCGCUAGCCAACCAAUCUGAAUUUCUUACCAACCAAAUUCUUAAUACGGGAUAUUCCAUCGCAUGGCUCGGCCAAUCUUACCCACCAUUUAUGACCUCCGAUUAUGCGACACUUCCGUUCUAUAUACAUAAUGAUCCUGGAGAAUCGCAGCUACAUACAAAUUGGACAGCCACGACGACAAAGUUAUGGACCGAACUCGAAUGCUGGCCAGCCCAGCAACCGAAACAGGACAUUGCUUCUAUGGUGCUGCACUUUGGAAACGGCCAGGGCUGCAACACCACCAUCAACAUUGAGCCCUUCGCAAAUCUCAAGAUGUAUUACGUUGGAUAUUAUGGUAGUCCGUAUUCGGACUACCAGUUGGGUGAUCCCAAGAACUGUCCUGCCACUGGAAACUCGACUCAUCAAUUUCUCGCUGUAUGGGUGUCAACUAAGGGUGCCAGCACCACAAAACUACCUGAAGUCAACUUAACUGCACUUUUUUGCCAGCCAUCUUACUAUAAGCAGCAGGUGAUGGUCUCUGUUGAUACCAAUGGCUUCAUACCACUGAAUACGUCAAUUCAACCAAUCUCUCCCCCAGAACUUCUGACCGAAAAAGAUUUCAAUUCCACCUCUUUCGAGUUUUUGAUCGCAAACGGGAUGCCCAUGGAGCAGGUAUUGAACAUCAUAAGAGAUUAUCCAUUCGAAGGCGUCAUCGAGCAAGGACCUCGGCUAGACAAGACAAAUUUGACCAUUCCGGUUUCUAACAUGGUUGGAUAUGCUCUUGCUCCUCAUAAUGAGCCAGCAACUCCAUACGCCGACCCCGUUCUGCUGCACGAAGCAUUCAAUCGUGCUCACAAAUAUCUAUUUUCACUUGCAGUAAACCAGAUGUUGACUAAUGAUACACAAAUGGCCAACAACACAGCGGUAUCCGAGUUCCAACAGAGUGGGAUUAUUGUCAGUCGACUGUUUUCUGCCAUUGUCGAAGGCCUUCUCCUCCUUGUAGCAAUUUUUACAGUCUGUCUGCUAUGGUCCUGCCAUACUUCUACGAGCUAUUUAACUACCAACCCGUCCUCUAUCUCUAGACUCGCCGCAAUCUUUCGCAAUGGGCAGGAAACAAAUAAAUUGUUCCGUCCCGCCGAUCAUGCUGAUGAAAAAUCACUAAAAGAAUUAUUCAAAAACGACAAAUUUCGACUUGUAAGAGAUGAAUAUAACAGUGAUGGAAGUAUCUACAUAGAGAAAGUAGAUGGUGUGGAGGGUGAUCAGAACGAGAGAAGAUUUGACAAACCGACGGGUUACUAUGACCCUAUUCGACCGAUACCUUUAAAGAGAGAAAUUGGAUUACUGUUUGGCUUGGUACAAGUUGGGGCUCUUGUCGUUAUCGCAUACCUCAAAGUACAAAACGACAAGAAUAAAGGCCUCAUUCGACCAUCGAACAGUUUCGAGGUGCUACAAAUCCUCGAAAAUUACAUCCCCACGGCCUUUGCUACUUUCUCCGAACCUUUCUGGGUGUUGAUCAACAGGUUCAUGUGUCUCCUUCAGCCGUUUAAAGUCCUAUCGAGGGGACGAAGCGAACGCUCAAAGUCUAUCGACACAACAUACACGGCACUUCCUCCUCAACUCGUCCUUUGGAGGGCGCUUAGAUCGCGCCAUCUUAUGUUGGCUAUGUUGUGCAUCAUUGCGCUGCUGUCAAACGUCCUCGCCGUUGGUCUCGGUGCCCUCUUCAACGAGGAUCAGACAACUGCCUCCUAUGUGGCAACGUUCACCCCGAAUAUUGCAACGCAGUUCGAUAACCAAACUGUUUUCGACCUCCAGGGAUACCUUUUUGAGAGAACGAUAACUGACCAUUUGUACCAAGAUGAGUUAUACGUUGCCAUGGCAAACAUCUCAUCGGGAACGCGACUUCCACCCUGGACAACGUCUGAUUACUUCUUCCAGCCAUACACCGUUGAUAGCGGAGGUCAAAGUAACAGCAGCAGCACUUAUUUAAUUUCCACUCGAGGGUUCGGUGUUGGUUUAAACUGCACUGCUGUACCGCAACGUGCAGUUGCACUUUCGUACCCCGUAAGUUUGGAUACAGUCUGUUCGACUGAUACCUCGAUUAUGCUCGAGGCUGCCGAAAGGGUAUUUAGAACAAGCAACUUUACGAGACCUACCGGGCCAUCUGCUAUCGAAUAUAGUAAUUCCUUGAAUCCAAAAUCCAAUUUCGACAACUGCACCAGACCUAUGACGUUUGGAUGGGGUCGGACGCCUCAAGCACUAAACAGAAAUGCUACUGUGGAAGCUAGUUUCGCUGUCUGUCAGCCAUUCUUCCAGACGGCCAUGUUCGAUGUGCGGCAUGACGCAGAGGGCAAUGUUCUGGAAUACGAAAGAACGAGCGAUAUUUCCAUCCAUCUGGACGGCGAUGACGGGGACGUACAAACAAACAGGAUGAUCACCAAUAUGAAUGACCUGAUCAGAGGAUAUGGAGUGACAUGGCAUAACGAUACAUUGUCAAGGGACUGGAUCAACUAUCUCCUGACUAUAACCCUGGACUCGCGGGACUUUCUGGAUCCUAACAAACCUGUUCCCGAUCCUAAUGACUUGAUCCCUGGAAUCGAAAAAUUGUACCGACGAUUAUUUGCGAUCCUCCUUAGCCUUAAUCAGCAACUAUUUGUGCCCGGAGAUGAAAAGCUCUCAAUAACAGGCCAGAAACUAACAGAAGAAACACGGAUUUUUAUGGAUCAAAACGCCUUUAUAAUCACCGUGACGGUCCUAUCUCUCAACAUUAUCGCAGUCGUCAUUUUCUACUCCCGCGGCAUCAUAUUCAAUCUCCCCCGCGUUCCCACGACCAUAGGCUCAGUUCUCGCCUUCGUUUCAGCAAGUCACAUCCUCGACGACCAAGGACCAUCAUCAAGAGGCCCAGACAACAAGGAAAAGGAGAAAAAGACUUAUAGUUUCGGCCGGUACAUCGGGGUGGAUCAGAAAGUGCAUCUGGGGAUCGACAUGGAUCCUCAUGUAGCGCUCAUCGAUCCCGCGUCUUUGAAAGAGAAGAAGUCUGUGCUGCGGAGGGCUGUGACGGGAGAUUUAAGGAGGAGGAACCAGAAAGAGUUUGAACCAGUGAGAAGCGGUACUUGGUUAUGA